UGGCGACAACCGCAGUUUCUCCUCAAUCUUUUCCACAUCUGCAGUCCAGCAACGCCUUUCUGGAUUCAUUGUAACGCUUACAAAAGCUGGCUACCGUGGAUGGUACAAACCUAAAGACCAAGUAGCUGCAGGAUGAAAACAUGGCUGCACCCCUUCUUGCACCGCCAGGACCUGACAGCUUCAAGAAAUUUACUGUGGAAUCUUUGGCGGGCCUCGAGCAGCGCAUCAAUGAGGAGAAGAACAAGAAGCCGCCCAAGCAGGACAGCAGUUACCGUGACGACGAUGACGAGAACAAGCCCAAGCCCAACAGUGACCUGGAGGCUGGGAAGAGCCUGCCCUACAUCUAUGGGGACAUCCCUCCAGGAAUGGUGGCGGUACCACUGGAGGACCUGGACCCAUACUACCUGAAUUCUCAGAAAACAUUUAUAGUGCUAAAUAAAGGGAAGACAAUCUUCCGCUUUAGUGCCACACCUGCCUUGUACUUCAUAAGUCCUUUUAAUCUGGUUAGGCGAAUAGCUAUUAAAAUUUUGAUACAUUCUCUUUUCAGCAUGAUCAUUAUGUGUACUAUUUUGACCAACUGUAUAUUCAUGACCUUUAGUGAUCCUCCCGAGUGGUCAAAACAAGUAGAGUACACGUUCACGGGAAUUUAUACAUUUGAGUCUCUUGUAAAAAUCACCGCACGAGGAUUCUGUAUAGACGGGUUUACUUUCCUUAGAGAUCCAUGGAACUGGCUGGAUUUCAUGGUCAUUUCUAUGGCAUAUAUAACAGAGUUUGUGGACCUGGGCAAUGUAUCUGCGCUGAGAACAUUCAGAGUUCUCCGAGCAUUGAAAACUAUCUCUGUCAUUCCAGGCCUGAAGACCAUUGUGGGCGCCUUGAUCCAGUCCGUGAAGAAGCUGUCGGAUGUGAUGAUCCUGACCGUCUUUUGCCUGAGUGUCUUUGCUCUCAUCGGCCUCCAGCUCUUCAUGGGAAACCUGCGCCACAAGUGUGUGAUCUGGCCAAUCAACACCACCGAGAGUUACCUAGCCAAUGGCAGCAAGGGCUUUGACUGGGACGAGUACAUCAUGAAUGAGACCAAUUUCUACAUCCUGCCUGGCCAACUAGAUGCUCUUCUCUGUGGGAACAGCUCUGACUCUGGCCGCUGCCCGGAGGGCUACACAUGCAUGAAAGCUGGGAGGAAUCCAAACUAUGGCUACACCAGCUUUGACAGCUUCGGCUGGGCCUUCCUGGCUCUCUUCCGACUCAUGACACAGGACUUCUGGGAGAACCUCUACAUGCUGACCCUGAGAGCGGCGGGGAAGACUUACAUGAUCUUCUUUGUGCUGGUGAUCUUUGUGGGAUCGUUCUACCUUGUGAAUCUGAUCCUGGCUGUGGUGGCCAUGGCCUACGAGGAGCAGAACCAAGCCACCAUGGAGGAGGCCCAGCAGAAGGAGGAGGAGUUCAAGGCCAUGCUGGAGCAGCUCAAGAAACAGCAGGAAGAAGCCCAGACUGCUGCCAUGGCGACCUCUGCGGGCACAGUGUCAGAGGACGCGGUGGAGGACGACGGAGGGGGGCACCUCUCCUGCAGCUCCUCUGAGAUGUCCAAGCUCAGCUCCAAGAGUGCCAAGGAGCGACGCAACCGCAAGAAGAAGUGGCGGCAAAAAGAGCAGGAGAAAGAGAAAGGCGACAGCGAGAAGUUUGUAAAGUCAGAGUCAGACGACGGCAGCAAAAGGAGUCGCUUCCGUUUCCCUGACAACCGGCUGGGUCGAAAGUCUUCCAUUAUGAACCAGUCCCUCCUCAGCAUACCCGGCUCACCAUUCCUGUCCCGCCACAACAGCAAAAGCAGCAUCUUCAGCUUCAAGGGCCGCAGUAAAGACGUCGGCUCAGAGAACGAGUUUGCUGACGACGAGCACAGCACGGUAGAGGAGUGUGAGGAGCGUCGGGGCUCCCUGUUCAGCCCGUAUCGGCGGAGCAGCUACGGCGGCUACCACGGGAAGCGGAAUAGCACGGUGGAUUGCAACGGCGUGGUGUCGCUGAUUGGCCCCGGGCCUGGUGGACGCCUUCUGCCUGAGCCAACUACUGAGGUUGAGGUGAAGAAGAAGCUGUCGGGCUCCCUGAUGGUGUCUGUGGACCAGCUCAAUACCUCCUUUGGGCGGAAAGAGCGGGCCAACAGUGUCAUGAGCGUCAUUACCAACACACUAGUGGAGGAACUGGAGGAGUCUCAGCGCAAGUGUCCGCCAUGCUGGUAUAAGUUUUCUAACAAUUUCCUGAUCUGGGAGUGCUGCCCCGCGUGGCUGAAGAUCAAGGAGAUAGUGAACCUGAUAGUCAUGGACCCCUUUGUGGAUUUAGCCAUCACCAUCUGUAUCGUCCUCAACACCCUCUUCAUGGCCAUGGAGCACUACCCCAUGACCGAACACUUUGAGGAAGUGCUGUCAGUAGGAAAUCUGGUGUUCACGGGGAUCUUUGCAGUGGAGAUGUUUGCCAAGCUGGUGGCUAUGGAUCCCUACUACUACUUCCAGGAGGGCUGGAACUGUUUUGACGGUUUCAUUGUGACGUUGAGUUUAGUGGAGCUGGCUCUGGCUGACGUUGAGGGUCUGUCCGUGCUGCGGUCAUUCCGUUUGCUGAGAGUGUUCAAGCUGGCCAAAUCAUGGCCUACCCUCAACAUGCUGAUCAAGAUCAUUGGUAACUCAGUGGGAGCUCUGGGGAACUUGACUCUGGUGUUGGCCAUCAUCGUCUUCAUCUUUGCCGUGGUGGGCAUGCAGCUCUUUGGCAAGAGCUACAAGGACUGUGUGUGCAAGAUUUCCUCAGACUGUGAGUUACCACGCUGGCACAUGAAUGACUUCUUCCACUCCUUCCUGAUUGUCUUCCGGGUGCUGUGUGGCGAGUGGAUUGAGACCAUGUGGGACUGCAUGGAGGUGGCAGGCCAGGCCAUGUGCCUCAUCGUCUUCAUGAUGGUCAUGGUCAUUGGCAACUUGGUGGUGUUGAACCUGUUCCUUGCCUUGCUGCUGAGCUCAUUCAGUGCUGACAACCUGGCUGCGACAGAUGAUGACGGUGAGCCCAACAACCUACAGAUCUCCGUCAUGCGUAUCAAGAAGGGCAUCGCCUGGGUCAAGGCUAAGGUGCGGUUGCUGGUAGCCAGCCUACUGAAGAAACCGCCUGUGGAAGAUGAGCAGAAGCCUUUGGACGACAUGUACGACAAGAAGCUGAACUGCAUCGCAAACCACACUGGAGUGGACAUCAACCGCGACCUGGACUAUGCCAAGAAUGGUAACGGCACCACCAGCGGCAUCGGCAGCAGCGUUGGCAAGUACAUGAUUGACGAGGACCACAUGUCGUUCAUCCACAACCCGAACCUGACCGUCUGUGUGCCCAUCGCCGUGGGAGAGUCUGACUUUGAGAACCUUAACACAGAGGACUUCAGCAGCGAGUCGGACAAUGAGAACAGUAAAGAGCUGGAUGACACCAGUUCGUCAGAGGGCAGCACCAUCGACAUUAAGCCAGAUGUGGAGGAGGUGGUGGUGGUUGAGACGGUGGAGGAGUACCUGGACCCGGACCCCUGCUGGACAGAUGCUUGUGUGGCCAAGUACAAGUGCUGUGAUGUUCCCAUCACUCACGGCUGGGGGAAAAGCUGGUGGUUCCUCAGAAAGACCUGCUACCUGAUCGUUGAACACAACUGGUUUGAGACCCUCAUCAUCUUCAUGAUCCUCCUCAGUAGUGGUGCCCUGGCCUUUGAGGAUGUGUACAUUGAGCAGAGGAAGACCAUCCGGAUCAUUUUGGAAUAUGCAGACAGGGUUUUCACCUAUAUCUUCAUCCUGGAGAUGUUGCUGAAAUGGGUGGCCUAUGGUUUUGUCAAGUAUUUCACCAAUGCUUGGUGUUGGCUGGACUUCUUCAUUGUGGAUGUGUCUAUAGUCAGCCUUGUAGCUAAUGCGCUGGGCUACUCCGAUCUAGGGCCCAUUAAAUCACUCAGGACACUAAGGGCCUUGAGACCCCUCAGAGCCUUGUCACGUUUUGAAGGGAUGAGGGUGGUAGUCAACGCCUUGGUGGGUGCCAUCCCUUCCAUUAUGAAUGUGUUGCUGGUUUGCCUCAUCUUUUGGCUGAUUUUCAGUAUCAUGGGUGUCAACCUGUUUGCGGGCAAGUACUUCUACUGUUUUAACGAGACGUCAGAGGAGUACUUUGAGGUGGACGUGGUCAACAACAAGACCCAGUGCUUGGCCCUCAUUAGCGAAAACAAAACUGAGGUCAGGUGGAAGAAUGUCAAGAUCAACUUUGACAAUGUGGGCGCCGGAUACCUGGCCCUGUUGCAAGUGGCUACAUUCAAAGGCUGGAUGGACAUUAUGUAUGCAGCUGUAGAUUCCAGACAGGUGGAAGACCAGCCCAUUUAUGAGGACAACAUCUACAUGUACAUCUACUUUGUCAUUUUCAUCAUCUUCGGCUCCUUCUUCACCCUCAACCUCUUCAUUGGUGUGAUCAUUGACAACUUCAACCAGCAGAAGAAAAAGUUUGGAGGUCAGGAUAUCUUCAUGACAGAGGAACAGAAGAAGUACUACAAUGCCAUGAAAAAACUGGGUUCCAAAAAGCCACAAAAACCGAUACCUAGGCCACAGAACAAGAUCCAGGGCAUGGUGUUUGACUUUGUGACACAGCAGGUCUUUGACAUCUCAAUCAUGAUCCUCAUCUGCCUCAACAUGGUCACCAUGAUGGUGGAAACAGACGACCAGUCAGAUGAGACUGAGAACGUGCUAUACUGGGUCAACUUCAUCUUUAUUGUGGUCUUCACCACAGAGUUCGUGCUCAAGCUCUUUGCCCUUCGCCACUACUACUUCACCAAUGGUUGGAACAUCUUUGAUGUGGUGGUGGUCAUCCUCUCUAUUGUUGGUAUGUUCCUGGCUGACCUCAUUGAAAAGUACUUUGUGUCACCAACCCUGUUCAGGGUGAUCAGGUUGGCUCGUAUUGGCCGUAUCCUCCGUCUGAUCAAAGGAGCUAAGGGCAUCCGGACUUUACUCUUUGCCCUGAUGAUGUCACUGCCAGCCCUGUUCAACAUCGGCCUGCUGCUCUUCCUGGUCAUGUUCAUCUUCUCCAUCUUUGGCAUGUCUAACUUUGGCUACGUAAAACACGGAGCAGGUAUAGAUGACAUGUACAACUUUGAGACCUUUGGUAACAGCAUGAUCUGCUUGUUCAUGAUCACCACAUCAGCUGGCUGGGACGGCCUGCUGUUGCCCAUCCUCAACUACCCGCCUGACUGCGACCCCCUCCUGGAGAACCCUGGCACAACAGUGAAGGGUGACUGUGGCAACCCCUCAGUGGGCAUCUUCUUUUUUGUCAUGUACAUCAUCAUCUCUUUCCUCAUUGUGGUCAACAUGUACAUCGCCAUCAUCUUGGAGAACUUCAGUGUAGCUACAGAGGAGAGUGCCGACCCGCUCAGUGAGGAUGACUUUGAGACCUUCUACGAGAUCUGGGAGAAGUUUGACCCCACUGCCUCUCAGUUCAUUACCUUUGCCAAGCUCUCUGACUUUGCUGAUGCACUGGAGCACCCGCUUCGUGUUCCAAAGCCCAACACCAUUGAGCUAAUUGCUAUGGAUAUGCCCAUGGUGAGCGGCGAUCGCAUCCACUGCCUGGACAUCCUGUUUGCCUUUACCAAGCGUGUGCUUGGUGACAGUGGUGAGUUGGACAUGCUGAGGCAGCAGAUGGAGGAGCGUUUUGUGGCAGCCAACCCCUCUAAGGUGUCUUACGAGCCUAUCACCACCACCCUCCGCCGCAGACAGGAGGAUGUCUCCGCCAGGAUCAUCCAGAACGCCUACCGCGCCCACCUCAUCAGACGUGGCAUAAUCUUCAAGCGGCAAGCUUUCACCAACAAUAAGCUUGAGAAUGGCGGGACCAACCAAGAGAAGAAAGAGAGCACACCAUCCACGGCCUCUCUACCUUCUUACGACAGCGUGACCAAACCUGACAAGGAGAAGCAGGACGAGAACGAGGAGAAGGGGGGCAGGAAAGAGAAGGACAGAAACCAAAAAGAUGAGCGUGAAUCCAAGUGUUAGGGUUCAAUGAUUGUCAUUAUCCAAUAAGACACAGUGAGAAGAGACUCUGAGCCCAAACUCCAACAAAUGUAUAAAAAGUGAUCAUUUGCAAGUAAAAAAACAACAAAAACACACAAAAAAAUGUUUACAGACUCAAAUACAUCUGAGACAACAUGGUUUCUUAUGUCGUCAAAGACAACUGAACCAAACACAAUCAGUUUACCAUGGAACUUUGCUGCAUAGUGACCAAGUUCUUAGAAAUGAGGAGCAACCACAAGAAAUAAUGACUUAUACAGUGUGCUGGCCAAUGACACACAUUUCUUUGGGGACCAACUGCCAAGGGACAGAUAUCUCUGCUUGAUGACUGGAGAAUUGCAAAAUCCCUGCCACCACCAAGUGUGGACCCCCGCAGCAAAGGUCCACUGAGAUUGGAUCGUACAGAUCCCACUAGAACUGUAUUAUCAGUCUAAGGGAGGCUCUGUAACAUCGGGUUUACCAUCUUUAUCAAGGAGAAAACAAUAAUCAACCAAGCAAGUUUAGCUAGGAAGGAAACACUAGCAAGGGAGGGGGAAACCCAGAACAGUAGACAAUGUUUUUUUGUUUGUUUGUGCUGAGUAUACUUGCAUCUUUACAUUAUUUGAGCAGCAAAAAAGGUAACAUUUAGCCCAUGUCACUAGUCCUUUCAUCUCCUCUUUGUUAUACUGACAUUGAAAAAGACAUUUUCUACAUGGGCUUUCACACUGACCGGGUAGGGGUCAUUAGUCAUUGUUUUGACUUGGGCUGAAGGGGACUUGCUCAGACUGAGUUCCAGAUAAAUAAUAAUUAUUGUGCUCGUUCAAUGCAUAGAAAUGACUUGCAUGAAGGCAUGUUUUGAUCAGGAAUCAUGCAUGAGUAAUCAUAGUCCACAAGACACAAAUUCUCAGACCACUGCAGUGGCUUGACUGUAAGUUUGAGGCUGUCCACUGGGGAAAUUAUAAGUACUAUAACUGGAAAAUGAGGAAUAUGGAAAAUGAUAUUUAUGGCGUAUUGGGGAAUGAUAGUGGUACGAUCCUGUCCUUCACUAGUUUUGAUUUCCAACUGGCAGAUCUUAAUUCAGCCCAUCAUAAGAAUUACAGGUGAAUUAAGGAUGUAAGCACUCAGAAGCAAAUGCUCUGUUGGAGCGUUCAACAACAAAAAACUAGGAUGGAUUUUUUUUUUCUCUUUUUUUUUUGCUGCUCUGAAUGUUAAAGAGUGUAGUGAAGAGUGAUGAGUAAGAGUACUUCAGGAAUUAAGAGUAUAGUUUAGAGUGAGGAGUAUGCAAGUUGUUGAUAGGAAGUGGAGUAUCCUCACAUCAAGGGUGCACAGAUGCUCAGAGGACCACUUUAGUUGUCCUGAAACCAAAUCUGGGGCUUACAUCUCUUUGUUUACUUCUGUCAUUUUCCUGCGGUCCAUGUUACAGCAGUGAGAGCAGGUGACGUUUCAUGCCAAGGAAUCUAUAUGUGGCACCAGCGAGGGUCUGGUGUGCUUAAGUGUCAAUAGAUAUCCCCUCUAAUGCUUUAGUUCCUAGGGAAGGGACAGCAGAAUGGUUUUGUUUUGUUUUUGUUUGUUUGUUUUUUGGGUGGGUGGGAGUAGCUGAAAGAGCUGAUUGAAAUCGACUCCUAGGUAAAUACAUUAGACGUGACUUUCAGUUUCUCUUUUGUCUCUUGUCAGUCCCCCAUCAGAAUUUCACCCUGAGUUGUGUCUCAGAUAGCCUUUCUCAGACACUUUGAGUUGCCAGCUUUAGGAAAAGGUGAAGUCCUUCUCUGAUGUCCUUGUGAUACAAUCAUUCUCAGAAAAAAAGAGGCUUUGAUCAUUGAGAGUGUGAUGCUGACCAUCUGAAAACAGCAGACUUAGCAGACAAUAUCAUAAGGACAUGCCAAGUCAUGCCCAGCGUGUGUGUAUGAUAGGUGGAUGGCCACGAAGGGCUUGUGGUUUGGACUGUAGAACAAAAUGGACUUUGACAUUUCAGGGAGGUGGAUGGAUGCUAAAUAAUACAGUACACGCGGACCAAUAAAGACAUAGUGCCCCUCCCUUCAGGGUUUUAGACUGACUGCCAUGAGAACCAGAAAUAACCAAGAUAAACAGAAGAGCAGGGGAAGAGAAUAGUGCUUUGGUCUGAGUCAGAGUGCUGAAAGUCCCAUGUUUGUCAGUGUAUCAUUGUGCUUUUGUGGGACCUCUUAAACACUGUGUGGUGUUGGACCCAGGCUCGCACCAUCUUUUCACAUCCUUGCAGGCUUUCAAAUGCUGUCACCCGCUUGUGAAGAAAUCUGCCUGAGAUGGAGGUAGAAAACACUACACUUGUCAAGAUAGAACAUCAGUAGGCCUCACAUCAACGCAGCUAUGUUGUAUAAUAAGCUUUGUGGGUCUUUUUUUCAUGAAAAACCGAGGCUUUGUCGAGUGGUAGACAAGACGUUACUGCCUCCUUCGGUAUACCUGCCAUUUCUUUUCUACACAGGAGUGAUGGUCCUAUUUACAAGUGGAUGACUGGACAUAUAUCUGGCAUCCAUAGUCACACCACUAAUGUCAUUUGGUGUGUUUAACACUGCCUGUACCAGAAACCCCUGUCUAUAACAAUACCUGAGGUCUGUUUACAAUAUGAGGUCUCCAAAUCAGUUUGGCUGCUGCACACUGAAACCAAAUACAUUCCCAAUGAGAACCACAGGAGGAGUGAAUAACGCCAUCCAAUUUACCCAUGUUCAUCUUGGAUGUAAUGUUUUAGAAUGAUACAGUCACACUUGGAAAAAAAAAAUCACAAAAAAAAAAAAACAAAUAUAUGUACAGUGCAGGCUAUGAUGUAAAUGGCACAAUCGCUGAAAAAGAAUGAAGAACUUUUUGAGAGAAACUAUAAAUACUGUAUUAUAUUCUUUUAUUUUAUCGGCAUGCUUUGUUGUGUUUUUUUGUAAAUACGGAUUUUAAAAAGUUACUACUAAUAAUCAAAAAAUGAAUAAUAACAAUAAUAUAGAAUGGCUUCCAGCUAUGCCCUUUGUCACAUUUGUUACCUUUUGGAUUUUUUGAGACACUUUUCACUUUGUUGACGGAAAUUGAAUGAAAUAUAGAUAUUAUAUAAUACAAAAGAUAUAUACAUGUAUACAUAUAUGUCUAUAUGUAUAUACAUUAAACAGAAGAACACUGUUUGUCACAUUUGAUUUAUGUGCAACACGUUCAGUGGAUGUCUAAAACUGGUUGGUCCAGCACCCUUCUAUGUUGGGGAAUAGCUCAUGCGCGAUGUUACUGGAGCUGCUUGCCAUGGAUUGUAGCCUGAUCAUGAUGAAAGGAUAAUGUUACCAGCACAUUUCUCACUUACUGUCAUAUCUGUCACCUGCACUGAAUAUACAGCACACACCCACAGUCACAGACACGGACACACACAAGGACACAGACAACUGUUCCUCACUGCCCUCCAACUUAACCCGUGCUCUGUUUUGCCAGAGGUCAGCUGGUGUGACUGACUGCCUCAUUCACACGAAGAUGGCACCUACCCCAGGGCCUUUUCCCCCCCAUUACCCACACAUCAGUGCCGUUACAGCUCAACAUGCAUACGACAAAGUUCUUGCUUCUCAUCCUCACGUUCCUUUUGUUGAAUGGUUUGUUUCUAGUGUUGUUCCACUCAAUGGCAUGUGCCUUUUUUCUGCUUUUUCUGCGAAUUUGGACGAUGAUGCCACACUUAAAAAAAAAAAAAAAAAAAAAAAAAAAAGACAACAACAACAACAAAAAAUGUUUCCAAACUGUGGAGGGUAGAGGUUUUUUUGGGGGUGAAAAUAUGGAGCACAACAUUAAUCAGGGACGUUGAAGUCAGAAAUACUGCCGGAGGAUCAUCCAGACACCCCACUUCAUCUUGAUAUUCAACAGUGUGUGAUGUUAACAGAAAAACAGCUAACUCAAAAAAUGUCCUGUUCUUAGUGCUAUGUGUGUCACCCACUUGGCUUGUGAAAAAGCAGCUUGCCUUCUAUAUUUCUGUUCUUUCCAUCUGAAAUUUAUUUUUGUAUCAAUAUUUGAUUAUAGGACUCAUUCUUUUUUAGCAUGGUUUAUUAUGGGCGUUUUUGUUUUUUGUUUUGUUUGUUUUUUUCUUUUCGCUGAAAAUUAAAAAAGUGCUUUUCAAACUGUUGUUAUCAUUUGACACCGUGAUAAAAGAGGAUAUACAGUACAAUAUGAUGGUGUGUUGCACAACCACUUGGACUCUUAGUAAGAACAUUAUGAAAGAUUGUCUUCAUUUGAGCACGAACCUUUUUAUUACCAAUAAAGCAGCCUUCCAGUUA